AUAAACCAAUUGCUAGUCAACACGAUACUCGCUGCAACAGUAAUCAUUGCUAUUGGGCUACAUAUGAGACGCUGUUAAUUAAUUAAGUUACUUACCUGCUGCUUUCAAUAAAUCAAUUUUGCCAGACUAUUUUUACCAGUAGGUGUGAGUUGUAAGAUGCGAUAUUGAAUGGUACACCGAGCUUACACAGAAUAACUACCUACGGGUAGUCAUAUUUCCAGUAACUAAAUUUUAGGACAAACCAUUCCACCAAAGAAGUAUAUCCGCGCAAUGAGUUAUCCGGGUAAGUGUUGGAAAAUUUGGAAUCAAUUGAGUAAGCGCACGACAUCAUAGCCUCGGUAUUCCAGACUGCUUUCUGCACGUGAUGGGAGGGAAGGGUGGGAGGAGAGAAGAAAGCAGUCUGGGGACAGCUCUAUUGUAAGUGACUUCGGAAGAGGCGCGACUGCUCAAGUUCAGAAACAUCCGCUCCAAUCAAAACCACCGCUAAAAAAAAACGGCCAAUCGGCGCUGUAGACAACUGUUGACGUCAAUGAGUAAUUUGUAAUUACCUAGAAGCGAUUCUCAGACGACUGUAAUAGCACAGUGGGGUGCAGCUUCUUCUCUCCUCCCACUCUCCCCUCCCAUCACGUGCAGAAAGCAGUCUGGAAUACCGAGGCUAACGACAUCACGCGUUUGAACCGGAGUAAAUUUUGGGGCAUCCCAAAUUGGGAUGAACUCUCCCGAAAAGCUUAGCUUUUUGCCUUUUAGCCUCGCUAGAGCACUUUUUGAUUUUCAACAGAAAGGUGUACAAUUCGGUAUCAGACAUGGAGGAAGGUGCCUCAUUGGAGACGAAAUGGGUUUGGGCAAAACAUUGCAGGCUCUCUCAAUAGCUUACUUUUAUCGCAGUGAGUGGCCUCUACUUAUCAUAACACCAUCCUCCAUGCGUUAUUCAUGGGUGGAAGAGAUUGAACGCUGGCUACCUGAUAUUGAACCAACACAGAUCAAUCUUGUUCGUGGAGUCAGCCAUGUUGAGUGUUUGUCGAGUACUGCUGUCACUGUUGUAUCAUAUGGUCUUCUGUCUUUUGGAAAGCAGAUGUUAUUGCAGCACUUAUUGAAUCAGAAAUUUCAAGUAGUGAUAGCUGACGAAUCGCAUUACAUUAAGAAUGGAAGAGCUGCACGAUCUAGGGCUGCUGUGACGCUGAUCAAACGUGCCAAGAGAGCUAUUUUGUUGAGUGGAACACCGGCCAUAUCGAGACCUGCAGAGCUUUACAGUCAGAUCAAUGCUCUUCAGCCGAAGCUGUUUGCCAGCUGGUACGAGUUUGCUAAUCGUUACUGUGAAGGACAUCGCAACAAGUUUGGGCGUUUUGAAUGCGUUGGAGCCUCAAAUUUAGAGGAAUUGAAUUAUAUGCUGACUGAAAAUGUGAUGAUUAGACGUUUGAAAUUAGAAGUUAUGGAGGAACUCCCACCUAAGAUUCGCCAGAAAAUACCAUUUGACAUUCCGGAGACUGGAAUGAAGGAAAUGCAGAAGAGUUUUGAUCAUAUGAAGAAAUUGUUUGGAGUGUUGAAAGGUUCUGUUAAAUCUGAAACAGUUGGAGAUCGUGAUACAUGGUGUGAUGCCAAGAGCUUGCUGACUAACAUGUUUUUAAAGACGGGAGAAGCAAAAAUAUUUGGUAUAUUGGCAUAUCUCAUUGAUUUUCUUGAAAUUGCAAAGCAAGAUACAAAAUGUCUUGUAUUUGCCCACCACUUGGUCGUUCAACGAGCAAUAGCUGAGGUGUUUGUUAAAGAAAGGAUUGGCUUUGUUCAUAUCUAUGGAGAAGUUCCUGCACACAAAAGACAGGAAUAUGUGAAACGUUUUCAAGAAGACGCUGAAACACGAGUUGCUUUACUCAGUUUGAAAGCUGCAAACACCGGCCUUACCUUGACUGCUGCUACUCACGUUGUGUUUACUGAACUAUACUGGAAUCCGGGAGACUUACUUCAGGCAGAAGACAGAUGUCAUCGGAUUGGGCAGCACCAGUCUGUCCACAUACACUACUUGAUUGGAAAAGGCAGUCUCGAUGAACUGCUGUGGUUGAUGUUGUGUCGAAAGGUUGUUGUGACAAGUACAACAUUGAACGGUAAAACAGAUAUCUUGAGAGCAGAAGAACUGGACACGAAUCUGCAGCAAUUUGUGUUAACAUGUACAACUUCAUUGUCUAAUCAAAUGCAUUCAACGUGUAAUGACUCCACUGACAUUUGUUCUCAUGCUGCAGAGGCAAGCAAAGAUUUGCAGAAACAGAAUCGUGUGUUUGUUGACUUGUUUGCGUCUUCUCCUGAGUGUCACUUUGAGCACACAUCUGAGAGUGAAGAUGAGAGCAAACUACUUGAAAUGGAAUUACAAUCAUUGAGACAUCGUAGAGAAUCAACAUGCAAGAGAAACAGAACUACAAAAGUACAAGAUGGAUUAAGCAAUUACAAGCAUAUUCAAAGUGACAAAUGGGAUGAUAGCAGCAGAGAAUUUUGCAAGGAAAACAGACGGUUUCGUAAUGGAAAACGUAGUGAGUGCAUUGCUCGUGAAUCGGAUCCUUCUGAGUCUUCUACAGUUCAGUGUGCUGACUGUGACGAGGCAGUUGAUGUGGUCGCUAGCUGGUCGUGUUCGUGUUGCACGUUCAGUAAUGUGGCUGGUGCCGUUGUUUGUGAGAUGUGUGAUAGUGUGAGGACAAGUCAUGGAAAGAAGAUAUCUGAAGGUCGACGUGACGUCGCCACAGUAAAUACACUCAAAACACAAACAAUUUCUCAACGGUGUGACGAUAGUGAACUCAAAAUUCUGGACAAUAGCAAAUGGAUGUGUGAAAAAUGCACACACGUUAAUUUUGCUGACUGUUGCUUGUGUGAGAUGUGCCAUGCUGCAAAAUCAAUUGAAAACUGUGGAGAAAAAAUAGUAGCAGCCGAGCACAUGGAGAUGGAAAAUGAAAGGCACCGUGAAGAUCAACAGACAGAUGUAUUGAACAGGAACACACCAUGUCAAGAAUGGGAAUGUACUUCUGGGAAAUCAUGCAGCACAAAGCAACCAGUUGUGAUGGUGUCACCUCCGUUAGCUAAUGAACAGCAGCAGCAGCAAAAACUUGUUGAUAAUGAACUUUUGCUAGAGGAUACGUCAGCCGAAUUAGGUCACAUGCAGUGUGAAGAUGGACAAAUGAACAUUCAUUGUGAAAUUGACAGCGAUAAUAAGAUUGAAGUUCGUCAAUGCAGCAGUCUUACUGGAGUAAAAGCUCAAGUCAAUAGUAGAAACUGUGAUGAUAGUUACAAUGGAAAACAACAUAAUAGUAGACAAUCAGACAGCCAUAAUAGAACAGGCGAAAGCUUCAACGAUGAGAUAGACUUUUUGCCAGCAACACCAACAAAACCAAGUGACGGUGCAACAGAGAUUACUGUAAUACCAGAGACUCCUCCCAAACAACAACCAAACAGACCGGGUGCCAGUGGGAAUUCAGACUACUUUAGUGACAUUGGCGGUAGCACGGAAAUGAUUGUUGACAAUGAAGGGCAAUUAAAUAUUUCAAGCUGCACUGACGUCAGUAUUAUUAGUGAAACAGGAUGGGAUGAUGAUCUACUAGAAGGGGUAAUUGGGAGUGAACCAGAUGAAUGGGAAACAGAAACAAUAUCAAACAUAUUGCCAGCUGGCGAACAAAAGACGGUUGGGAAACAUCAACAUACAAGUGGAUACAGUGGAAAGUCGUCAACACCUUCAAAGAGACAAUCGUCUGCCGUAGGUAUGUCAAGGAAUUUUGUACCAGCAUCAACCUUAAUCAGACAUCCUGAUCCACCUCAGCAGUACGUUCCACCAGUAGCUCCAGAUCCACCCAAAGAUGGUCAGUUUAAGUUCUAUGUAUGCCACAAUACUGAACGUUUUGCACUUUAUACUAAGGAUGGACUUUACUUACAGUGUACUGUUUCUGCUAGUGACGUUUUGUAUCCUGUCGAUGGUUCUCUGCCUGUUUUAUUGGAUCUCCGGGUCAAUCUUCACGCUGUACAGGAAUUUGUGAGUAACUACGUUGGGCUGUCUGUUCGGGAUAGAGCUCUGCUGAGGAAUCGUAGACGUGUGAUUAGUGACGUCAGUUCUGCUUUAGCACAAAUCAAGGAGAAUACAAGAAAGAAAAAGGUGUAUUCAAGGUUUGCAUCUAAGGAAAAGUUCAACGAGACUGCUAUCAUUGAAGCAACUGAGGCUGCCGGUGGUAAAUUGCAAAUAGUGGAACAAAUUGUCCAGUCACGUUAUCAGAAAAACAAGAAGCGGAAACGAAAAACCCGAAGCGAGCAGUUGAUUGAAGACAAGGAAACCACUAAUGGAGAAAAGAGAAUGAAAUACCCAACACAGCAGCCAUCUCAUGAGGAUAAGUCUGCAGCACAGGCUGAACCAAAAACACGGCAAUACAUACAGGGAAUGUUGUCAGAUGGUCAGAGAAUAUGUGCCUCGUGUACAAUACCCUUUCAACCUCGUGUACUUCCAAACUGUCCUGAGCUACCAUACGGAGGGAGAUUCUGCUGUAGAGAAUGUUAUAUGGUCUAUCUGAUCAAGACUAGUCGUCAAGUAGGACGAGAUGUCGUGGCCGAGCAAGAACGUGGAGUUUGUGCACUAUGCAAUGUGGACACAGGAGAACUUCUCUCCAAGCUAAAAGUGUUGACAAACAAGGACGACAGAAUGAAACUUCUGAAAGAAACAGGACACUUUGCUGAACUAUCAGAGAAAGUCCUGUCUGAUAUUGUUCAAAUGCCAAAGGCUGGAAAACUGUGGCAUGCUGAUCAUAUUUAUCCUGUUGCUUGUGGUGGUGGAGCUUGUACAAGAGAGAACCUUCGAGCUCUGUGUGUUCCAUGCCACCAGAACGAAACCAAAAAUGUCAAGGUGCAAGCUCGUAGCAGAGGAUGUCAAGACAUUAGAAGUUUCCUUAGCAAACAUGACUAGGCAAGUAAGUACUGGUACUCGGUCCCAUGUGUUUACUGGUACUUUGAGACUUUUUAAACCAGUCUAGAUUAAUUGUCAGUUGCAUAACUUUUAAAAAUCAGGCAGGGAAGAC